GUCUGCAGCGGGUCUUGGCACUCUGUCACGGAGCGGAUGCCACGCAAGGCAUCCGCUCGUGUGAAGCGGCCCUUAGGUUUUCCUUUGGCAAAGCGCUUUUUCGCACUGCUAUAAUUUUGCUGUAAGCGGUAAAUACUAUUAUUUUUAACAGACCUGAUAAAUUGCUUUUGACAGACAAAAAUAUUUGAUCCGUCUCGGCUACCUUACACACGCUCGGUUGCUAGGAUACGGAGCUUGGCGGAGCUGCACGAGUGAAACCAGAAGAGUGGUGGGUACCUGAGACAACAGAUACAACCUUCUCUAUGUUUCCCAGGACAGAGCGGUGGGAACCUGAAACAGGCUGUAAUAAUAAAAUGAUGAGAAGAGACAUAUCUGGCUUUGAAGGACCUGGAUGUCACAGUCUGGUUUCUGAAGUGCGAUCUGCAGCGUCCACGUCGCCUCUAUCCCACGUACAGCUCGGAUCUAGUCUCCGAUAUUGUGCUUUCCCAUUAAACGGAAAUGAGCUUUGCAUCUGGAACUCAUCUUUACUUCAGGAACAGCCUCUAACUUUGAAAGGUCACCAUCAUCCAAUCACUGCUGUUACACUGAAGAAUGAUGGGAGGCAAUGCUUAGCCUGCUCUGCGUCUCAAGACUACGUCAUAAUGUGGAACGUACAAGAAUGCAUCCAUGCUGCUGAUCAAGGACGGCUUCCUCGUGGUCAUGUCAUUGGAACGCUCUUAGGUACUGUUCAACAUUUGAGCAUGCAUCCUGACAAACAACUAGUGGCAGUAUGUGCAGGUGCCAGAGUAUUGAUUCUUAGUGCUGAGCAAGAAGAAACCAUUACAGAAUUAGUGGUUCACUCAGGUCCAGUGACUGCAGCUGAAUUUUGGUGCAAUAGCUUUCUCAUAUGCAUAUCUGAAGAUCGAACAUUUUCGGUCUGGGAUUAUUGCGCACAGCACCUGAUUUACCAGUCGGGAAUAAUAUCAGCAUUUCCUCUUCUGAAGAUGUACAUUGAUGCAGAAAAUGAGCAGCUUAUUACUGGCUGUGCAGAUGGGAUGUUGAGAGUUUUUAGUUUGGCAAAGGAACAUCAUUUUCAAUGUAUUUGCCACAUAAACCUUCCAAAAAAGAAAAACAAAUUCUACAACAUAAUCCAAAAAACUGCACAGAAUGAAAAAACAGAUCAAAAAACGUCCACCAAGGACAAAAAUUCUGAGGAUAUAGUGGAUUCCGGUCUUCCAAUAUUACAUAUAGAGAAAUGUGCACAGCUGAAUCAAGAAUAUGACAUGCCACUCUGUGGAAAUUCCAUACGUCUGUGGGUGGGAAGUUCCACUGAUUUGUUUUUAGUCAAUAUAACUAACUCUGAAGUUGAAGGUGUUCUGCAUUUUAAAGAUUAUGACAACCUCAGCAUUAAGUUAGCUGGAUCAGUCUCCAUUUCCUGUAUCUCUGGAGAAAAAGUUAUUUCUUUAAUUGCUUCAAUGUUUGGAUGCAAAAUAUCUUUGAUAAGGUUUGAUACACACGCCUUUUUGCAACUUGAAAAGCACCGACUGCAGGAUUUUGGACCAGGAACCAAUUUGUCCAUUGUUUCCAGUGAUCCACUGCUAUUGACAUCUCCUUUACGGUGUGACAUUUCAAAGAAGCAGGACAAACCAAAGCCAAAAGGGCCGCAAGGCAAAGUAAAGGACCAACCACUUGUUUUCCACAGUAAAAUCAAGUCAUCUGGUUACAGCGCAGCACCCAGAAUGAAGAUGUUUUCUCCAAAAACAAAUGUAAAGACAAGUCAAGUUUCAAAAAUGAAGAAAGAGAUCUCAAAUGGAGCCAGAAAAGAGUAUCCUCUGGAUGUCCAAGCACCAUCUACUCUUAAAAAACAGAUAACACUAUGUAACAAGCCAACAUCUGCCUGUGGCAUUCAGUACUCUGGAGAUGGAAUAAAACUUGCUUGUGGAUUAGCUGACAAAACUUUAUUGGUGUUUAGUUCUACAUUCAGUGGGGAGCCAGCUGUUUUUACAGGCCAUGAUGGUGCAGUAAAUGGCUUUGGCUGGAGCUAUGACAGGAAUUGGUUGGUUUCUACUGCUGAUGACCGAACAGUGAGAAUUUGGAAUGUGAAAAAUUUGACUUCAGCGUUAGUGCUGGGGAAAGAAAUAUUCUCCAAGCCUGCUCGUUUUCCUCAGUUUUAUUACAUGGACAGGUUUAUUUUGCUGUCAUCUGGAGCUGAGAUUCAGUUAAUGAGAUAUUAUCUGGAUGAAAGCAAGGAUGAAAUAAAGAGAUAUAGGCAACAUAGUGUGUGCAAACCAGUACAAACACUUCAGAUGGAAUCAGCAGUGGAGAUCACCGGAUUAUCUGCUGUAAAUGACUUUUAUUCCUAUAUUGUGCUUGCUGCAGGAAGUAACCGCGAUAUAGAGAUAUUUGAUCUGAAUAUAGGCACCAGAAUUGCAACUAUAUCAGAUGUUCAUCUAAGAGCAGCUCACCAAAUCUGCCAGAACAAGGGCUCUGCAUUUAGCACACAGCCAUCUGAAGCUUAUAAUCUUUUUGUGACCAUGGCCAUUGGUGACUGCCUAAAAUUAUGGGAUAUAAGGACUUUACGGUGUGUACGUUGCUUUGAAGGUCAUUUAAAUCGCUGCCAAUCAUGUGGUAUUGCUAUGAGUCCUUGUGGGAGGUUUAUUGCUUGUGGAUCAGAAGAUAAAUGUGCAUACAUUUAUGAAACACGUUCCAGCAUAUACCUGCAAAAGCUUCCAGAACAUUCAGAAUCUGUCAUCAAUGUAGCAUUCAAUCCGUCUUCUCCACAGGCAGAUUUCAGCAUGUCAAAAAAGGGACUCUUAAAACAUUUGUUCAUUCUAUGAGGCAGAUUAUACCGCACCAAUGGAAUUCAUCGGACAGCUUGCAGAGAGUCAUGUGGGUACGUGCCUUGGACGCAUUGGUUCGAACGGAGGAGUUAGGGGCUGAGGCACAUGACCAAACCCAAAUCUACACGCAGACCUGGGAGCCCUGGCUACAAUUUAGGAGCUCCUCUCGUUUCCAAAUUUGGUUAGAUACAGGUGAUUACACCUGACGACAUCUCUGUUAAUUUCUCCUGGAGUCCCUCUUCCCUCCCCUGGUCUAUUGUCUGUCUUUGCCUUGUUUUUUGUUUUUAUUUUGUGCUUCUAUCUCUGAGCCACGACUCCAUAAGCACUAUAGUUGCCUUACUGUUAAUGUGUAAAAUAGGUGCCCGACACAAGUGCUUGUUACAUUAAUUUCCAGCAUAUUUGGCUCAUACAACGUGCAUUCUAUGUCUCCUUUUUCUCCAAUAUAAGUGAUUGCACAAUAUAGGACUUGAGACGACAUACCUUCCUCAGUUUAAGGGUUAAUAUAUCAUCAAGUUAGGGUCUAUCUUCUAAGUUCACCCACAAUCUCGGAGGAAAACUCAGUCUCACAAUGCCUGUUAAUUGGGGAGGAUCUCCAGAUAAAUUUGUCUGAAACUGUGCCUUGAAUUGUGGAUUGCGUUGUAAUGUAAUGCUGUUAAACCACAGAAGCUCCUACCCUAAGAUGGAAGG